AUGGUCAACGUUCCUAAGACUCGCCGCACAUACUGCAAGGGCAAGGAGUGCAAGAAGCACACCCAGCACAAGGUCACCCAGUACAAGGCCGGAAAGGCUUCCCUUUUCGCCCAGGGUAAGCGUCGUUACGACCGGAAACAGAGCGGUUAUGGUGGUCAGACCAAGCCCGUCUUCCACAAGAAGGCCAAGACCACCAAGAAGGUCGUGCUCCGAUUGGAGUGCACCCAGUGCAAGACCAAGGCCCAGUUGGCUUUGAAGCGAUGCAAGCACUUCGAGUUGGGUGGUGACAAGAAGACCAAGGGUGCUGCCCUCGUUUUCUAA